UAGCAUUAAAAAUGAACAAAGAAAAGAAUUUCAAAAAUCUCAAAAAAAAAUUCCAGAUGAAAUGCGAGAAAAAAAUACAUCAGACUAUUGCGAUGAAAGAUAUGUUCGACAGGAAAAAUAUCACAAACAUUGCGAUAAAGUCUAUUAUAAAAAAAGGCCAAGAAGGCGAAGAAAAAAAUCGAAAAAGGAAAAAGAAGAAGAAAAAGAGAAGAAUAAGGAAAAAGAGAAGAAUGAGGAAAAAGAAAAAGAGAAGAAUAAGGAAAAAAAGAAAUUUCGAAAAAGAAGGCCUUCAUUUUAUAAACAAUCUGUUGCUGCUUUAAAUCUCCUGCUGCAAGAAAAUAAAUGUCAAGUGAAAGGAUUCCCUAUUGAUUUACUGAAAAAGGAUGAUGAUGAUGAUGAUGAAAGAAAAUUGGACUUUACAAAAUUGACAAAAGAUAAAGAAUGGCAUAAAUUUUUGCCAUUUUUCAUUAUGAUUCAACAACAAUUUCAUGAUAAAAAGAAGAAGAAUUUCACAUUAAUUCCACAAAUUUCAUUAGGCGUGAAGCAUGUCGUUUAUACAAAUACUGCUUUAAAAGAUUUGCAAGUGGCAACUGUUAUUCAAGAAAUUAAAGAAAAAAAGGCAAUUUUACAAAAAAAGAAAACAAAAUCAGGAACGAAUAAGGAUCAUCUUCAAAGAGCAGUUGAUAAAAUGGACGAUGAAAUGAAGCGCUUAAGAGAAAUGAACAAUGAAGAAAGGUGGAAUUCAAUGUUCAACUUUAAAUCAAUCCAAAGAGGUCGAAAAAAAUUAAAGAAUGGUGGUAAAUUCUCUGGUACAAUAACGACAAAUGGUGUGGACGUGUCAGUAAUUUUUGAUUUACCCACAAAACAUGAUGUUGUGCAAUCAAAGAAGAAAGUUGGAAGUUACACAAAAUUUUGUGGUUUUGAUCCUGGUGCGAGGGCGACUCUGGCUGGCGUCAGUAGAGAAAACGAUCCUAAUCCAACCACUAAUGUAAAAAAGGAUUCAGCUAUUUACAUUGGUAGUUGGAUGAUGAGAUGGCAGAUGGGCGACUAUAGAAGAAGAGAAUUAAUGAAGAAAAAAGGUAUAGACAUGCAAAAAUAUUACAAGCAACUUGCUGAGGAUCCAUUGAUGGAAAAUUUUUGCAUGACUAAUCCUCGAGAUCGCCAUCGCAUAACAAAAUAUAGAAUACAUCUUUUACAAAAUUUCCAAUCACUUCAUCAAAAAAGAUCCGUAACGCGUUUACGAAUUGAUCGAUAUUCAGCACAAAAGCGACAAGUUGAUCAACUUGUGAAUUGGAUAGUAGGUGAUACAAAGAAGAAACCCUGUUUCGUUGCUAUUGGUGGAGCUGAAAUACCUAAUUUUAUCAAGGGAUACACUAAAGCUCCUUUGAAACGUAUUCAACAAACUCUUUUUCAAAGAUCAGAAGAAUUAGGAAAGGAUAAAUUGCAAGUCGUGAAAGUAAAUGAGUUUAAUACAACAAAAAUGUGUAGUCGCUGUGUGAGACCACUUAAAAUAUCCAAGAGUCCCCAUCGAUACACUUAUUGUGCGAAAUGCAAAACAACGUGGGAAAGAGACGUAAAUGCAGGGCGUAAUAUUCUUAAUCUUGCACUUGUUCAAGAGAAGAUCAUACCAAAGGAUUCCAUAAAAAAUCACCAUCUAUUUCGGAUCAAGAAUCAUGACAUUGAACAUGAGGCUGCAGAAUUGCAGAAAUAAUUUUUCCCAUCACUUUCAACAUUCAUUUUUAAAUCACUAAGUAAAUCUCUUAAAGGACAAUGAAAAGGAGGAACCUCGACAACCGGAAAUACAAAUUUCUACGAUGGACAAUAUACUGCUUAAUUGCGGAAAUAAUUUAACAAAACAUUAUUCGGUCCUGGUGGUGAUGGCUUUUUGCCAUUGUACAUACCGGGAGAUCUCUUAUGAGAUCCGAACCAGCCUGUAAAAAGGCAUACCAGGUUUUUUAAGAAAUUAAAAAACAUGCUACUUCUUUUAUUGAUUAUUGUUUGAAUUUUUCAAAUUUUUUAUAAAAACAAAAGCACAUUUGUGUUUUUUUUUAUAAAUUAAAAUAAUCAAUAAUAGGA